CAAAAAAUCAAAAUAAAAAUGGCUAUCGGAGUUGAUACUUCAAAAUGGAAACCUAGAAAAUUAAAAGGAACACCUGCCAACAGAGCCGCAAACUUAAUUGCAGCUGGAAUAAUUGGCUUUGGAGUUUUGUGCGGUGCAGCUCUGCAAUAUAUGGACUUUACUAAGAAACCAAGAGCAAAUUUUGAGAAGCUAUAUGAAGACUCGAUAGUUGAAGUUGAGAGAAAGAUCAUGAUUGGAAACAGUUUACCAUACAAGACCGGAGACCAACUACGGAAAAUAGUUGAGGAAGAUAGACAGCCAGACAGACCAGAUGCAUAAGUUAUAAAAUGAAUAAUUUAAGUUCUCAAAAUAGGUAGGUAUCACUUUUGUUGUAUAGCAUGAUAUAGUAUAAUAAACUUGUUAUUUUAACCAAAAAAACUUUCAUUUCCCAGCAAGAAAGAAAUUGUUAGCAAAUACUUCAAA